CGUCGGCACCGAUGGCCGGGGCUCUUGGUUGCCUAGAAACGGGAGAACUUGGCAUCUUAGUUACCUGGUCUCCAUUGUGAUCCCGGGCACCGGCAAUAACAUGUUCAUAUAUCUGAGUAAGAAGAUCGCCAUUCCCAACAACAUCCGCUUGAAAUGCAUAUCGUGGAACAAAGACCAAGGUUACAUCGCCUGCGGGGGAGAAUCGGGGCUGCUCAAGGUCCUGAAGCUGGAAAUGCAAACCGAUGAUGCCAAGCUGAAAGGUCUCGCUGCCCCCAGUAAUCUCUCCAUGAAUCAGACCCUUGAGGGACACAGUGGAUCUGUGCAAGUGGUGACAUGGAACGAACAUUUUCAAAAACUGACCACAAGUGAUCAGAAUGGGCUUAUCAUUGUCUGGAUGCUGUACAAAGGCUCAUGGUACGAAGAGAUGAUUAACAACAGAAACAAAUCUGUAGUACGCAGCAUGAGCUGGAACGCGGACGGUCAGAAGAUCUGUAUUGUGUAUGAGGACGGGGCUGUCAUCGUUGGGUCAGUGGAUGGCAAUCGUAUUUGGGGCAAGGAACUGAAAGGCAUCCAGCUGUGCCAUGUUGCUUGGUCGCCGGAUAGCAAAAUUCUUCUUUUUGGGAUGGCAAAUGGAGAAAUCCAUCUCUAUGACAAUCAGGGCAACUUCAUUGUGAAAAUGGUGCUGAGCUGUUUGGUCAAUGGGACUGGUCCUCUGAGUAUUGCUGGCAUGCAUUGGUACCCGGGCAGUAAAGGUUAUGUGGAGCCGGAUUGCCCCUGUCUGGCUAUAUGUUUCGAUAAUGGGCGAUGCCAGAUAAUGAGACAUGAGAAUGAUGAAAACCCGGUUCUGGUGGACACUGGUAUGAAUGUGGUGAGCAUCCAGUGGAAUCACUGCGGCAGUGUGCUGGCUGUGGCUGGAUCCCAGAGAACAACCAAUCAAGAUAAAGACAUCAAUAUUGUCCAGUUCUACACUCCGUUUGGAGAGCACUUGCGCACAUUGAAGGUUCCUGGGAAACAGAUGUCCGCUGUGUCGUGGGAAGGUGGCGGGCUUAGAAUUGGACUGGCUGUGGAUUCAUUCAUUUACUUUGCAAACAUCAGACCUGAUUACAAGUGGGGCUAUUGCUCAAACACGGUGGUGUACGCGUACACGAGGCCGGACCGUCCCGAGUAUUGUGUCGUCUUCUGGGACACUAAAAACAAUGAGAAAUUUGUAAAAUACCUGAAGAGCCUGAUCUCUGUUACGACGUGCGGGGAUUUCUGUAUACUGGCAACUAAGGCCGACGAGAAUCAUCCACAGGAUGACGGUGAAACCGAGACUAGCCGGGUAAAGGCAUCGUCUGCCUCCGGAGCACAGUACGUGCUUGUUUUGUGCAAUUCGAUUGGAACUCCCUUGGAUUCUAAGUACAUUGAUAUAGUACCCAUGUUCGUCACCAUGACAAAAACCCACGUCAUCGCGGCAUCUAAGGAGGCCUUUUACGUCUGGCAAUAUCGAGUGUCAAAGAAGCUGACCGCAAUGGAGAUUAAUCAGCUGCUGCGGACCAGAAAAGAGGGUAGAGAACGGAUGUUUCACAUUGAUGAAGUCCCGUCUGGAACUGGAGAAGGGAUUAUGGACUUCAAUAAAGCUCUGGCGGCAACAAGAGAUCUUAUCUGCUCCGUAACAGCAUCUGAUAGAGUCUUAUUUGUGGCUCGCGAGUCUGGGACGGUGCACAGAUACAGUCUGCCGAACAUGGUCCUCGUACAGAAGUACAGCAUGAGCUGUCGGGCGUACCACAUGAGUAUGAACUGCAACUCCAGCCGUCUAGCUAUUAUAGAUAUUUCCGGGGUUCUCAUGUUUCUGGACUUGGAGACUCGGUACACAGAUGAUUCUGGACAGCAGAUCAUUGGUGAGCAGCUCAAGUUUGAGCGCAAGGAUGUCUGGGACAUGAAGUGGGCUAAUGACAACCCAGACCUGUUUGCCAUGAUGGAGAAGACUAGGAUGUAUGUGUUCAGGAACUUGGAUCCUGAGGAACCCAUUCAGACUUCCGGAUAUAUCUGCAGUUUUGAAGACUUGGAGAUCAAAUCUGUUCUAUUGGAUGAACUGUUAAAGGAUCCGGAGCACCCUAACAAGGAUUACAUCAUAAACUUUGAAAUCCGUUCCCUCAGGGACAGCCGGGCGUUAAUUGAAAAAGUUGGGAUUGAAGACGCCUCUCAGUUUAUAGAGGACAACCCCCACCCUAGACUAUGGCGCCUACUCGCCGAAGCCGCCCUCCAGAAGCUAGACCUUCCUACGGCUGAACAAGCCUUUGUCCGUUGUAAGGACUACCAGGGCAUAGAGUUUGUGAAACGGCUGGGCAACCUGCAGAGCGAGCCUAUGAAACAAGCCGAGGUGUCAGCGUAUUUUGGCCGGUUUGAGGAAGCGGAGAGGAUGUAUCUGGACAUGGACAGGAGAGACCUUGCUAUCAGCCUACGCAUAAAGCUGGGAGACUGGUUCCGAGUUUUGCAGCUGCUGAGGACGGGUUCCGGAGCCUCGGAUGAUGCUCUGCUGGAGCAAGCAUACAAUGCCAUUGGUGACUACUUUGCAGACAGACAGAAAUGGGUGAAUGCCGUGCAGUACUACGUACAGGGCAGAAAUCAGGAACGCUUGGCAGAAUGCUACUACAUGCUGGAGGACUAUGAUGGACUUGAGAUUCUGGCCAAUUCCUUGCCUGAGAACAAUAAACUGCUUCCAGACAUCGCCCGCAUGUUUGUGACAGUCGGUAUGUCUGAGCAGGCCGUGGCAGCGUUUUUGAAGUGCAACAUGCCGAAAGCAGCGGUAGAUGCCUGCAUGCACAUAAAUCAGUGGAACAAAGCAGUGGAGCUCGCCAAGAACCACAACAUGAAGGAAAUUGGAUCCUUACUCGCCAAGUACGCCUCUCACUUGCUGGAAAAGAAUAAAACGCUGGACGCCAUUGAGCUGUACAGGAAAGCCAGCCACUUCUUGGAGGCAGCCAAGCUCCUGUUCAAGAUUGCCGACGAGGAAGCUAAGAAGCGCACAAAGCCAUUGCGUGUGAAGAAGUUGUAUGUCCUGGCUGCUUUACUGGUAGAGCAAUAUCACGGACACGUGAAGCACACACAGAAAGGGAAACUCAAAGGGAAGCAGACGGAGGCUACAUCUGCGAUAGCUGGUCUGCUGGAGGAGGAGAGUCUGUCAGAUAAUCGGAUAGUUGACAACCCCUGGCGAGGAGCCGAGGCAUACCACUUCUUCCUGCUGGCUCAGCGACAGCUGUACGAGGGCUAUGGAGAUGCUGCCAUGAGGACAGCUCUUCAUCUACGAGACUAUGAGGAUAUCAUUCCUGCUGUAGAGGUGUACUCCCUUGUGGCACUUUGCGCCUGUGCUAACAGAGCGUUCGGUACCUCCUCCAAGGCCUUCAUUAAACUGGAAUCUUUAGAGACGUUGAGCCCCGAACAGAGGCAGCAGUAUGAAGACCUUGCCCUGGAAAUCUUCACCAAGCACAGCCCGAAGGACAGCAGGAAGGCAGAUGUUGAUGUCUUCACAGAUGGUGGGGAAGGGAAACUCCCAACAUGCGUUGCAUCAGGAAGACCCAUCACCGACUAUCAGUUCUGGAUGUGCAGCGUCUGUAACCAUGGCGUGCAAGAACGUGAAAUCGCCGCUUACAGCUUCUGUCCUCUCUGUCACAGCUCCGUAUCGUGAUGGACUCCACCGGCCUGUCAUUUUAUACUGUAAAUAAAGUUCUAAUAUAUUCA